AUGGCAUCCGUACGUGCCUUGGUGCCUCGGGCAGGCUUCACACUCCACUCCAAACAACUCCAGCAUCGCUUUCUCCUUCCCAGUCUGCGAUAUGCCUCGUCGGCGCCGCCUCCCAAACCUCGCGUACUGGAAAAGCCCGACAAAUUUCGUCCGCCAUCGCACCCGUCACGAUUGAGGAGCAAAUCGAGAUACAGCUAUGGGCCAGACCUCACCCCACAGCAGCAGACAAGACGGUAUCCUCAUAUGAUGCCUCCCGAAGGGACGUUGAUGCAUUGGUUCCUGACCAACAGAAGUAUACAUGUCUGGAUCAGCUUGGUAUGGUAACUCCGCCCCAGCUUCCGGUCCUCCAUGCUGACAGCCUGCUUUAGUCAAUUCUGGUCUCGCUAGUCGUUGGAAUCUGGCUCAGCGAUUUCCUCCGCAACACCCCUUACCUCGACCUUCUCCCUCCCAAUUCAAUGUUCUUUGCUCAUCCCUUCCGCUUCCUGGGUAGAUGGAUGGAGGUCUACUCAAUGCACGUCGCGUAUAUCUCCGCGCAGACCGCUGAGAGGCGGAAGCAAAAAGUGGAGGAUGUAAAGAAGAGGUCGGAAUACAGAAAGGCCCAUGGAUUGGACCAAGACGAGGGCAUCUUUGGAGGCUGGACAGCUAAACCCGAUACUGAUGCUACGGGUCCAGCUCUGAGGGAAGGCGAUAUGGCUUUGUCGCGACCAAGUUCCGAGAACGCGGUCGAGGCUGUCACAGGCUCCGCGCAGGAUAUUGAUGGUCAGAGUGGGCACAGCGAGGAUACCUACAUCGACUUUGAAGGCAAAAAGCAACCCGUGAAGAAGAAGUGGUUCGGCAUUUGGUAA